GCAGGGCAAGAUGCCUUUCCGUGAAAGUUUUUUUGAGGAGAGGCCGGGGUGUCUGUUUGGGGUUUGGAGGAGAGGCGUUGCCCUGGAUGGACGGAAGAGUCGGAGCGCAGUGUUAGGACAGGAGCGGGGGAGUUUGCUUCGUGCAGCUCUCCGCUUUAUCCCGCAAAACGUUUUGUUUCUCAGACCUUCGAUGUGAUCAAAUGUCUCAAAGUUACCAAAACAUGGCACCUGCUCUCAUGAAAAAUUAAUAAUAGGACCGAUGAUCAAACGUGGUCAAAGAGAUGGACAAGGUUGUGCUUGGGUCCUUGAAGGUGAAGGACUGUGUGAUCUUCCAGUGCAAGAGAUGUCACACAGUAUUGGGAGAUUCUCUGCAAACCUGCGGCAGCAGCUUAUCAUUGAACAUGCUGAUGUGUUUGAGGGUGACAGAAAAUGUAGACAUGGAUCCCACCAGUUUUAUUGGGUGUGAAGGGCCAAUGUCUAAAUGCCUUUACAAGUCACUUUACUGCAGCUUCUGUAGAUCCCACGUGGGUAUUGUUCCUUUCUCUACAACGGAUUCUUUGGAUUACUUACGAGGACUAUACUGCUUGGACAAGCAUGCCUUGCACUGCUACAUGUUGCAGAGCAAUUCUCAGGUGAAACCUGCUGCCCUGAACUUUCAACCACCGUGUUUAAUUCAGCACAUAGGAGAGUUGAAAAGACAAAUUGUGGUGGCUCACUAUCGAUUGCUGGCAGCAAUGAACAAAUUGAAUGAGUUGGUUGGAGAGGAGAGUGGACAAGAUACCAGUGUCACUGCUGAGAGACAAAGGUAUUAAUAGGAGAAAUGCAUCAAUGUUUACUGUUAAUAUCAUUUUGAGGUUUGAAAGUACAGUGACUAUUAAUCACCUCAGCUGCCACAUUUGGCUUCCUUGAAAAAUAAUCUUCCCUUCACCAGAGUUCUGAGAUUGUUUCGUCCAAAGGUUGAAUCUGCAGAGGGAAAACAUCACUGUUUUGGAAUUGUUCACAAAGCACCUUCAGUCAUGUUUGUACUGAGCUUUGGUUUUAUGUAACCUGUUAUCUGAAUUCAGAACUUUAAUACACCUAAUAGUAGCCCGAUCAUGUCCAUAUCAGUGUAACCUGCUAUCUGAUUUACAGAAUAGUACAACAUCUUGGGUAAUUUAAGUCCUCAGAAGCUAGUAACUUACUGUCAAGGACUGCAGUUCAUUUCUACAUUAUGGUAAGCAGUGAGUUCGCAUUAGUCACUGUAACCUCUUAUCUGGUACUCAAAAAUGUACUAACUGCGCACUGCUCCUGGUUAGCGUCAGUGUCCAUAUAAUUUUCAUCACAAAAUCUAAAUAUAAGAUAUUUGUUAAAGCCUUUGAGAUCCAGACAGGUUGACUGAUCAAAGUCAGUUCUUCAUCUUUGGAAGACAGUUGCCUGAGCUGUUAUCCUGUAUAGGCAGAAUUGGACUGUAAAAUGACAGGUAAACUGGCUAACUGGAGGAAGACUUGCAGUUCAGCAAUAUUUGUUCCUCACCAGCACUUAAAAUGUUAAAAAUCACAACACCACCAGAUUAUAAUCCAGCAGGUUUAUUUGGAAACAUUAGCCUUUGUAGCACUGC